ACAUUGUCCGCGAGCACUGCCGUGGGACUCGAUGGUUCUGCUUCCUCGCAUCCACCUCGCGAGAGGGAACACGUAGCGGCUUUCUUGUAUCUCAAUCCGGGCUUCUUCUCCCCGAUCUCCUCGUUCCCCUUCUUUGCAAGUGGGUUUGAGCAAAUAGGAGACUGAUCGAGCGCCGCUUACCUUCGUCCUCCCCUUUCGCAGUACAAGAGAUAUGAAGCUCGUCCGCCGCGACCUUGUCCCCAACGGCCCCGGGGGCGUUAAUCUCGUCCCGGAAGAGGAUGAUGACAUGUGGCACGCGUACAAUCUGAUUUCUGCAGGAGAUACCGUUAAAGCUGCGACCGUCAGGAAGGUCAUUCGAGAGAUGGGUUCUGGUGAACGCAAGUCUGACCGUGUUAGGUUAAAGCUGGAAAUUAAAGUUGAGGGCACAGAUUAUGAUAAGGAAGGGUCAGUCUUGCGUAUAAGGGGAAAGAAUGUCCUCGAGAGCGAACAUGUUAAGAUCGGACAAUUUCAUACCUUAGUGAUUGAGCCACAUAGGCCAUUUCUGCUAAAAAAGGAUAUUUGGGAUUCGGUGGCACUCGAUAUACUUCACCAAGCAUGUGAUCCUGCUGCAAGUGCCGACCUAGCUGUUUUUCUUAUGCAAGAAGGACUAGCCCACUUGUUCCUCAUAGGGAAGAGCAUAACUACAACUCGAGCUCGAAUAGAGACCGCAAUUCCUCGUAAGCAUGGGCCUGCAAUUGCUGGUUAUGAGUUGGCUCUGAAGAAAUUUUUCGAGAAUGUUCUCCAAGCUUUUCUGAAGCACAUUGACUUUAAAGUUGUUCGAUGCGUCGUGAUUGCAAGCCCAGGUUUCACAAAGGAUCAGUUCCGUGACUAUUUACUUUUAGAAGCAGAAAGAAGAGAGCUAAGACCAAUAAUAGAGAACAAAUCACGCCUAAUUCUUGCUCAUUCGAACUCUGGAUAUAAACACAGUUUGAAGGAGGUGUUGGAUGCCCCAACCGUAAUGUCUUUGAUAAAAGACACAAAAGCUGCGCAGGAGGUCCGUGCUUUGAAAGACUUCUUCACUAUGCUUUCAAAUGAUACGGCACGCGCUUGUUAUGGGCCAAAGCAUGUUGAGGUUGCACAUGAGCGGAUGGCCAUCCAAACUCUUCUGAUCACAGAUGGCCUUUUUAGAAAUUCUGACAUUGCGACGAGGCAAAAGUAUGUUAAGUUUGUCGAAUCAGUCAAGGAUUCAGGUGGCACUGUACAUAUUUUUUCUUCAAUGCAUGUAUCUGGAGAACAACUGGCACAGUUGACGGGAGUUGCAGCUAUACUGCGCUUCCCCUUGCCAGACUUGGAGGACAUCGAGAUGUGAGAGAGGAGCUCCUCGAGAGCAUUUUGUUCCAAGGCCGCUCAUGUACCAAGGAUGCUUCAAUUUCCAUCAGCUUUCUGCCAUAGAUUUGCUAUUGAACACAGUGGAAUCCAAGGUGUAUUAUUUAUUCACCUGAUGUAUAGGGAUGCUGUAUUGCCAAUGACUAGCUAUAUAAUGUAAUGUUUAAUUAUACAAGCUUAAUCAUAACCGUGCGGCUUUCUUGAUGCAUCAUUUGA